AAAAAUUACUCGGUAUCUCCCUCACUAUCAGCAGACGACGAAUUUCUCUUCCCCUCUCCCUCAGUCCCAGCGCCUUGGACGUCUUCGUCCCUGUUCUCUCCCUUUCUCUGUGACUCUGUCUCCACGUCUCCCUCUCCUUCAGCAACCCACUGAUGGCUCCUCCUCAAGACCCAAUCUCCUCAACGACGGCUACAGUUGAUAUCUCUGUCUUUCUGUGUGUCCAUGUUUCUAUAUUUUAGUGAUUUAAUUUUUUCAUUGUUGAAGUUUACGAGUUUAAACUCCCCAAAGCUUAAACUAGGAUCGGAACACUGCAUUUCCUGUUUCCAAUAUGUUUUCAAUCGCAGCUAUCAAUGAUACCAACUCUAAAGGCCAAUGGGAGCCUUUAGCUCCAACCAAAGAAGCUCAGGAAUUUCAUCUGUCACAAACUUAUCAAGAAGGGUUGCUUAAAUUGCAAGCUAAAGAAUACGAAAAAGCCCGCCAGCUCUUAGAAUCUGUCCUAAAAGACCCCCUUAUAGCAAAUGCCCAGGUGGAUGGGAGUGCUAGUGAUGGACAUCUAUUGCAACUCAGAUUUUUGGCAUUGAAGAAUCUUGCCAAUGUUUUCCUUCAACAAGGAUCAUUACAUUAUGAGAAUGCACUACACUGUUAUCUUCAAGCUGUAGAGAUUGAUACCAAAGAUUCUGUUGUCUGGAAUCAGUUAGGAACAUUAUCGUGCUCAAUGGGCUUGCUCAGUAUUUCCCGUUGGGCAUUCGAGCAAGGGCUCUUAUGUAGCCCUAAUAAUUGGAAUUGUAUGGAGAAAUUACUGGAAGUCCUUAUUGCCAUUGGUGAUGAGGUUGCUUGUCUUUCUGUCACAGAGCUAAUUUUGAGGCACUGGCCAUCACAUUCACGUGCUUUGCAUGUCAAACAAACCAUUGAAGAUUCAGAACCAGUUCCUUUUGCUCCUAGAGGUAUAGACAAGUUGGAACCCAAACAUGUCCGGCUUAAAUUCCUUGAUAAGAGAAAAGCAGCUGAUGAGAAUCUUGAUGAGGGAAUUGCAUGUAAAAAACUAAAUCACAAUUUAGAAUUACACCUGGCAGAAGCUUCCUGGGUAGGUCUUGCUGAUGCACUCUUGGAUGUCUUACUUCCUCUGAAUUGUAGUCAUCUUGGAAAGGGUGGUGAGAAAUCUUACAGAUCUGGGGAUGUCAAACUAAUAAUUCACCUACGUUCUGCUUCAGAAAAUGCUUCUGGGUGGGAGGAAAGAAAAACACUUAACCCAAUAACUGCAGCUACAUUACAUUGUGAUACUGCCUCUGAAACAGUAGGUCUGGUUAAAGAAAAGGACACAAAUGUUCUAGAGGAACAACCGCAGGAAAGGCGAAGCACUCGCCUUGAAAGACUUCGGAACCGGAAGCCAGGGAAGGAGGAUCUUGAUUUCACUAAUGAUAAGGACCAAGCUAAGGUUGUAAUUCAAUAUCUCGAACCUUAUAUUUCUGGUGAACUAGGUAAAAAAGAUACUGAUAAUUCUGCUAAUAGCUCUUUUUCUUUUAGUGACCCAGUUAAACCAUGUGAUACUGAAUAUAGUGAUGUUACUGAAUUUCUCAAAAAGACCUCAAACAAUUGUGGUGCUUAUCAUAUGGCUCACUUACUUUUAGAAGAUAUAGCAAGUAAAAGACUCGUGUAUCAAGAUACAUUUAUCAAAUUUUUGGAUUUGGAGAAGAUGACAAGACAUUGGGGAAAAGAGAGGACCCCUGAAUGUAAUCUUUUUCUGGCUGAACUUUAUUAUGACAUUGGAUCUUCUUCUUCUGAUAUGUCUAAAGUGUCCGAGUUUGUGUUAGAGACAUCUUACCAUCUUUGCAAGAUUAUUGAAUCUGUAGCAUUGGAUCAUCCUAAUUACAUGAAUUGUGACUUGGGUGACGGAAAUAGCUCAAUAUUUAUAGGAUCCCAAUGUGAUGAUGGAACAUCAAUUGUCGGUAAUUUACAAUUAGACAAUUUGCCCUCAAAAUAUAAAAAAUUCUUAUGGGUUCGAUAUUUUUGGUUAAGUGGGCGAUUGUCAAUUUUAGAAGGUCACAAAGAAAAGGCCCUUGAACAAUUCAGUAUUUCGUUAUCACUUUUGACAAACAGUAAAAAGCCUGAAGGUUCUCAAUCUUUGGUCCACCUUCCGCAUUGCAAGGUAGUCAAAGAGAUCACUAUCGACAGGGUUCUCCAUCAAAUUAACUUUUUAAAGGUUGAUUUCUUGAUGGAGAAGACCUUGGGUGAGAUGAUUGAAAAAGAAUUGUAUAUAGACUGCAUGACCUUGCUUGCUCCACUUCUAUUCUCUACAAAAGAUGUUCAUCUUGAUACGCUAUCGUUCCUUGCUCCAGAUAAAGAAGGGGAAGAGAUUACUUCUAUUGAACUAUCAGCGCUUGACAUUUUACUAAAAGCUUGUGAAAAGGUGAUGCCACUAGACUUUGAAGUUUAUUUGAAUUGCCAUAGGCGAAAGCUACAAAUACUUAUGGCAAUAGCUGGAAUGGAUGACGGUCUUGCUUGUAAAUCCUUCCAUAUGAAGUUGGGGUUGAAAGGGCUUUAUGCUUCUGAUGUAGAGUUAAAAGAAAGUUCUUGCAAGCGCUGGAAUUCCUUGGUAUCGAAGGAAGUGAAGGCAAUAUCUCAAUGUGUCUCUCAAAUUAAGAACUUGAUUGAUCCACAUGCAGAUACAGAUAGCAAUAUUGUUCCAGCAAGCACUGUUAAGGAUAUUCAGUCCUUGCUGUUGUCAGUAAUGUGCAAUAUUGCUGGCAUAUUUCUUAGUAAGAAAGCUUCUGGGCUAGAAAUUGCUGAUCAGAUAGAAAGACAUUGCUUUGUUGAGGCUGCAAUUGCAUUCUGCAAACUUCAACAUCUCAACCUUACAGUACCUGUUAAAACUCAAGUUGACUUAAUUGUUGCAAUGCACGAGUUGCUUGCUGAGUAUGGGCUAUGUUGUGCGGGAGAAGAUGGCUCAGGGGAGGAAGGAAUAUUUCUUAAGUUUUCAAUUAAGCACCUUUUGGCCUUGGAUAUGAAGCUUAAAUCUAAUAACUUCUUAAACAAGGAAAAAACUGAGUGCCUAGACACAUGUUUGAAGAUUUCCCUAAAUGAAGCAAAAUCAGAGUCGCUAGAUGUGGAAAUGGGUCAGAGUUCAAAGAAUGAAACUAGUGUCUUGGAAAAGGACACUAAUGAAGGCGUGUUUUCCCAAAGUGUUUCACCUCAUAAACCCUUAGAUAAAAAUAUUGUAGUAGUAGGUGGUGGAGAGCAAAACAGUGGUAACUCCACUAACAAAUUUAAAAUAGGGGAGAAAGUAAGUGAUCAAUUUCUUGAAGGUGGUAAUGAACUAACAGAAGAUGAAAAAGAGGAACUUGAGUUAAAAAUUGAUAACGCUUUGGACCAGUGCUUUUUUUGCUUAUAUGGCCUUAAUAUUAGAUCAGAUUCAUCAUAUGAAGAUGAUCUAGCUACUCACAGAAAUACUAGUCGUGGAGAUUAUCAAACCAAGGAACAGUGUGCUGAUGUCUUUCUUUAUAUACUCCCAUAUGCUAAGGCUUCUUCCAGAACUGGAUUGGUAAAACUUCGCAGAGUACUAAGAGCCAUACGUAAACAUUUUCCACAGCCUCCAAUAGACAUUUUGGCUGAAAAUGCAAUAGAUAAGUUCUUAGAUGAUCCUGAUUUAUGUGAAGAUCAACUCUCAGAAGAGGCUGGUUCAGAUGGGUUUCUUGAAUCCAUAACAAAGGCAAUGCUUCCCAAUUUGGGAAGUUUUAAACAACACAAAAUGUCAUUGGUUGAGAGCUCUGAGCCAUACCUGGAGGUUUACAGCAACCUGUAUUAUUUUCUUGCCCUGUCUGAGGAGAUGAGUGCAACUGAUAAAUGGCCUGGCUUCGUACUCACCAAGGAAGGGGAAGAAUUUGUACAACAUAAUGCAAACCUCUUCAAAUAUGAUUUGUUGUACAACCCUCUACGAUUUGAAAGUUGGGAACGACUUGCAAAUAUAUAUGAUGAGGAGGUAGAUUUGCUGUUAAAUGAUGGCAGUAAACACAUCAAUGUAUCAGGAUGGAGGAAGAAUGCUAUCUUUUCGAAGAGAGUCGAUACAAGUCGAAAGAGGAGUAGGCGGUGCCUGUUAAUGAGUCUGGCUUUGGCAAAGACAUCAUCCCAGCAGUGUGAGAUACAUGAGUUAUUGGCUUUGGUAUACUACGAUAGUCUGCAGAAUGUGGUGCCAUUUUAUGAUCAGCGAUCUGUUAUACCUGUAAAGGAUGCAGCGUGGAUGACGUAUUGUGAGAACUCAAUGAGACAUUUUAAGAAAGCAUUUGCUCACAAGCAAGAUUGGUCUGAUGCAUACUAUAUUGGGAAACUCUGUGAAAAGCUUGGGUUCUCUAGUGACAUAUCAUUAUCAUAUUAUGACAAGUCUAUUAACUUGAAUCCAUCAGCUGUGGAUUCUGUGUACAGGAUGCAUGCUUCACGCUUAAAGUUGCUUUUUACAUGUGGAAAACAGAACCUAGAGGCUUUAAAGGUUCUUUCAGUAUAUUCCUUUAGUCAAUCAAACAAAGAUGCUGUCCUGAAUGUCUUAAAUAGAAUGGAUGCUGAGAAUGCCCGAACCGAUAGGAGCAAACAAGAAGAUGCUGGAGAAAUAAGGCACGAGGAUUUACUUACACUGGAGGUGUGGCGUAUUCUUUACAGUGAUUGUCUUUCUGCCCUUGAAGCAUGUGUUGAAGGGGAUCUGAAGCAUUUUCAUAAAGCUAGAUAUAUGCUUGCUCAAAGUCUAUAUAAAAGAGGUGAUACUGGCGAUUUAGAGAAGGCAAAGGAUGAACUCUCUUUUUGCUUCAAAUCAUCUCGAUCAUCUUUCACAAUUAACAUGUGGGAGAUUGAUAGCACAGUCAAGAAGGGAAGACGCAAAAACCCUGGAAUCUCUGGGAGCAAAAAGAUCCUUGAAGUUAACUUACCUGAAAGUUCUCGGAAAUUUAUUACUUGUAUCCGCAAGUAUCUGUUAUUCUAUUUGAAACUGUUAGAGGAGACUGGAGACAUCUGUACACUAGAACGUGCUUAUGUAUCUCUUCGAGCAGAUAAAAGGUUCUCCUUGUGCAUUGAGGAUCUUGUACCAGUAGCACUUGGGAGAUAUGUUAAGGCCCUUGUUUCAUCCAUGGGUCAAGCUGAGAAGGUUGGCGGUGCCGCAAGCAGUUCUGAGCAAAUACUGGAGAAACUGUUUUCUUUAUUCAUUGAACAGGGGAACUUGUGGCCAGAGAUAUGUAGCUUGUCUGAGACUAAGGGUCCAGAGACAUCAGAGAGCAGCUUAUAUGGGUAUCUCCACGGACAUAUCACGUUAUUAGAGAGAAAUGGCAAGCUGGAAAUACUUGAAGGAAUAAAUGAGAAGAUUCGAAAGCGUUUUAAGAAUCCAAAAUUGUCGAAUAGUAAUUGUGCUAAAGUUUGCAGGCAUGCUUCGGUUGCUUGGUGUCGUUCACUUAUAAUUAGCCUUGGACAGAUCACUCCGUCACUGCCUACACCAUCCACUGAGACUCACGUACUUUGUCAAUCAGAUGGUUCUUUGGACAGCCAAUUGCUUUGUGUUGAUUUGCAAAUAGAUGAGCUAUGGAAUUCAGCAUUUGAGAACCCAACCCAAUUGAAAGCUCUUGAAAUAAAAUGGAGGCCAAUAUUGUCAAAAAUGAAACAUGUAAUGAUUAAGAAGGUGUCAGAUGAAAAUUUGGAGGCGGCCAAUGCUUUGCUUAAGUCUUCUUAUAACUUUCACCGUGAGAGCUCAUGUGUAAUGCCGCCAUCUGGUGUCAACCUUUUUUUGGUUCCAUCUUGGUUAGCAAGGGACAACCAGUUUCAACCAAGUAUGAAUGGCAUUGAAAUUCUUGAUCUCAGCGUUCCAAGGAAGCUUAUCUUGUGGGCAUAUACGCUAUUGCAUGGUCGUUAUGCAAAUAUCUCAGUUGUUGUGAAGUAUUGUGAAGAAAAUGCAAAGUCAAAAAUGAAAAAAGGAGCUGGCACCACAUCUGCUGUCUCAAAUGCAAGCAUACCAAAUGUUGUCACUACCCAAACAGGUGGUCAAAGAGAUGGAGCUGGGCAUGGGGGAGGAAAUGAUGCGGAGGCUACUCCUCAAACCCCAGCAGCCUCUGCUUCAGUGGCUGAGGGCAAUGCCACUCCCUCUUCAAACCCAUCUUCUUGUUCGAUGGACAGUCAGAAGGUUUUAUUUGCUGCUCAGCAACACAGUAACUACACUGGAGAGAAGAGUAAUGCCAUGGCACAGGAAGCAGAUCCAAAUUAAGGCUGACUUUAUAUACAUGUAUAUAAAAAUUAAUCGAGGCCUAGUAAAUUUAACUGUACGUAGCAUUUCAAGGAUCAUAUCACUGUAUCAAGUAGUUAAAAUGUUCUAACAAGUGACAACAAUGUAAAAAAAAAAUUUCAUUGCAGCUUGUUGUGUUCACACUUUGAAAGUCUCAAUUGUUUGCUCUGGAACCUUCUAGCGGGUGUUGAUCCCGUUUGUCUUCUGGUACCUCUUCCAGUUGAUGAUUCAUCCAUUGUGGUGUUUUUUUCCCUUCUAUCCUUUCAUUUAAUUUGGUCUUA